AUGCUAUUGGCACUUCAAUUUAAUUGUACUUUUCUAAAACUAAUCAAAGCUUUUCUUGAUGGUGCUCAUAUAUAUAGUAAUUGCACAAUUCCAAAGUUACAACUUUGGAAGCUUAAAUAG